AUGCCACGUGAAGGGGCAAGCGGUCUGUGGCGCUCAGAGGACAUGAUUCGUCUUGACAUCGUCACACAACGGGAGGUUCUGUACGACACAGUGGUCUCCAUUGGGUUGCUUGGAAAGGCGCAAUUUGUGGAUGUGAAUGGCAGCGAGACCGCCUUUAUGCGGCCAUACACAACUGAAAUUCGUAGAUGUGACGAGCUGGAGAGAAAGCUCUCUAUAAUCAAGGCAGAACUGGAGAGGGAGAUGGACGUGAACGAACAGGAGCUUCCCGCAUUGGGUAGCCCUGACGAUGUCAGAAGACUUUUGUGUGGCACCGUGAUUGAGGAUGAAGAAGCGGUGGAUGCCUUGCUGGAAGAAUUAAAAGUUGUGAAUGCCUCGCUUCAGGGUCUGCGACGUGAGAUGAAUUUGCGCAUGGAAUUGUCUCUGCUACACACACAAAUGCAGAAUUUCCUGCCAUCCCCCCUUUCGCAACCUUCUGAUGCAUUCUUGCAGACACCGCACGUAUUAGGGAUGGUGGAUGCAACCCGAGAGGAGGUUAUUUACGCAAUGACAUACCGUGCAACCAAAGGAAACACCCUCAUCGAGCUGGAUAACGAGCACGUUAUGCUUCUUGACCCAUUGACUGGCGAGCGAUGUAUUGCCAAAACCCCCUUCGCAGUAUUUACCUCUUCGCCUGCUGUACAGAAGCGGGUAGAGCGUCUCAUCCUCAGUCUUGGAGCGACCAUUUAUUCUUUGAGGGAAGUCUCGCAGACAACGCGGGAAGAACAUGAACGCGAAAUGAAAGAGCUACAACACAUGUACGAGCAGAUGCAGCUGCGAAAAGUGGAGCUGCUUCAAAAGCAUAUUCGCGUCCAUUCCACUUUUCUUCAAGUUGUUCAAAUGAAGAAGAAGAUUUUCACAAUCAUGAAUUUGUGCAUUGUGUGUGGUUCUACGUGCACUGCCUCUGCAUGGAUUCCACGAAAGCAUGCUGAGGCUCUUCGUACAGCUAUAAGGGAAGCCGUGCACACGGCUGCAGGCAAUGUGGCUUCCGUGGUCUUAACUCACCCCUCACAAAGUAAUCCUCCCACAUGUUUUGAGACCAAUAAAUUUACGUGCGGUUUCCAGAGUCUCGUGGAUAGUUAUGGCACAGCACGAUACAAGGAAGUAAACCCGGGAGUUUUUACAAUUGUGACCUUUCCGUACUUAUUCGGCAUUAUGUAUGGUGAUAUUGGUCACGGCAUGUUGUUGUUUUUUUUUGCUCUUUAUUUGGUCUUGAAGGAAAACAGUUGGAACGGCUGCCAUUUAAAUGAAAUGUUUGCCAUGCUUUUUGGUGGGCGCUACUUAUUGUUGCUGAUGGGACUCUUUUCAAUUUACAUGGGGGCUCUCUACAACGAUUUCUUUGGGUUCUCGAUUGGACCGUUUUCUAGCGCCUACAUCUGGCCCCCCAUUGACGAACAAAAUGGGACCGUUCACCCACUAGGCAUGAACAAUAGGACGGGUGUUUAUCCAGUGGGACUUGAUGUUGCGUGGACAGAGACUGAGAACAAGUUGGAGUUUUACAACUCUGUCAAAAUGAAGUGUGCAGUCAUUGUUGGGGUGGUUCAGAUGCUCGUAGGAAACAUUAUAUCGCUCCUUAAUUACAUAUACAAUCGCGACCUUUCCAAGGCUUUGUUUCUCUUCAUCCCUAAGGUGGUAUUUCUGCUUUCCACAUUUGGUUACAUGUCGCUUGCUAUCGUGAUGAAAUGGUGUACCAGUUGGGAGAACACAAGUGAGGCGCCAAGUAUCCUGGAAAUGAUGACAAACUUCUUCUUACAGCCUGGCACUGUGACACAACCUCUUUAUAGGGGUCAGACAUUGGUUCAGGUCAUACUACUACUUACAGCCUUUGCCAUGGUUCCUGUGAUGUUAAUUAUGAUGCCUUUUCUAGAGGCCUGUAAACACAUAGGAGUGUCUAGGGAGUAUUGCACAUUUUCAGACCAUAUUUCAUCGGCAAUAAAUAUGAGUAAUUCAUUUAUGAACGAGGAACAAACAGCCGCCGUUUCUAUUGAGCAUCGGAGUGGUCUCUCUCCAGGUGGUUUAGAAGCUGAGUGGAGAGAUCAUUCAGAUGUAGUUUCAGACAAUGGUCGCUUUGAAGAAGCAUCUGCUGAGCAUGCUCAGCACGGUAUUGGUGAUGCUCAUGCUGCUGCUACGGAUCAUACAGCUGGUGAUAUGGAGACGGAGCAUCCUUUUAACCUAUCUGAGGUUAUUAUUCAUUAUAUGAUAGAUACUAUCGAGUACGUUCUUGGAUGUGUAUCGAAUACUGCAUCGUAUCUUCGAUUGUGGGCUCUUUCAUUGGCGCACGCUCAACUGUCCGAGGUCUUCUUUACCUUUGCGGUGGUAAAGGUGCUUAAUGUAGAUACAACUGGUGUUUUUAUUGCUGCAGGAGUUGCCGUCUGGCUUGGGGUGACCCUGGCGGUGCUUGUGGGGAUGGAGGCCCUUUCUGCUUUCCUGCAUGCGCUCCGAUUACAUUGGGUGGAGUUUAACAACAAGUUUUAUAUCGGUGAUGGCCUGGCGUAUGAACCAUUUGGAUUGGCUGCCCAAGCAGAGUAG